CCGCCGUGGCUGCGCGGCCGCACGCCGGUCCCGCCUCUCCUCGCUGUGGUGGAAGGCGCCAUUGAGGGAAGCCGGAGCCGCCGCCGCCACCGUCGUCGUCUCGUCAGGGAGAGCCAGGCCCGCCGCCGCCAUGGACUACGGGGAAGCUGAAGACAGAGAUUGGAGAUUCCCAGAUACCCCCAUGCAUUGUGGUGUGAACAUGCCCAGUGGGUCAGUCUCAGACAUGGACCGUGAUUAUGGGCAUGGAGGCUAUGGUGGCCCACGAUCCAUGGACUCUUACCUUAACCAAUCCUAUGGGAUGGAGAGUCAUGGAGGUGGAGGCGGAGGAGGUGGUGGUGGUGGUAACAGGUUUGGACCUUAUGAGUCUUACGACUCCGGGUCUUCUCUGGGUGGGCGAGAUCUGUACAGAUCUGGCUAUGGUUAUAAUGAACCCGAACAAAGCCGCUUCGGAGGUAGUUAUGGUGGUCGAUUUGACAACUCCUACCGGAAUAGCCUUGACUCUUUCGGAGGUAGAAACCAGGGCGGGUCUAGCUGGGAAGCACCUUACUCCCGUUCAAAAUUGAGGCCUGGGUUUAUGGAGGACAGAGGAAGAGAGAGUUACUCUUCCUACAGCAGUUUUUCUUCACCCCAUAUGAAGCCUGCACCUGUAGGCUCUCGGGGGAGAGGAACGCCUGCUUAUCCUGAAAGUGGAUUUGGAAGCAGAAACUAUGAUGCUUUUGGAGGACCAUCAACAGGCAGAGGCCGAGGCCGAGGACAUAUGGGAGACUUUGGAGGAAUACACAGACCUGGAAUUGUUGUUGACUAUCACAACAAACCCAGUCCUGCAGCAGUUGCUGCAAGAGGAAUAAAAAGAAAAAUGGUACCACAGUCAUAUAACAAACCUGCUGGGACAUUUGUCAAGAAACCCAAAAUGACAAAACCUAUUUUGAAGCUGAGCCAGAAAAAAUCACCAAACAGAAAGUCAUCUUUCCAGGAUUCUACGAUAGAGGAAAUCGAAGUGGACACAAGUGGUGCAGUUGUUAUAUAUGAAGACUUUACAAGAGAUGCUUACGAUCUUGGAUAUCAGACUUUUGGAGAUGGCAAAGGAGAAGCUAAAAGUGAGGAAGAAGAAAAGCGGCGAAUUGAGGCCAGAAGAGAGAAGCAAAGGCGUAGAAGGGAAAAGAACAGUGAAAAAUAUGGUGAUGGAUACAGAAUGGCAUUUACUUGCUCAUUUUGCAAGUUCCGAACGUUUGAAGAGAAAGAAAUUGAGGCACAUCUGGAGAGUGCAGCUCAUCAGGAGACAUUGGAUCAUAUCCAGAAGCAAACCAAAUUUGACAAAGUAGUGAUGGAAUUUCUUCAUGAGUGUAUGGUGAAUAAAUUCAAGAAGACAGCUCUGCGUAAGCAGCAGACAAGUAACCAAACAGAAAAUGCUCAAGCUGCUGAAAAAGAUAUAAUGGAAGGGGUUACGGCUGAUGACCAUAUGAUGAAAGUUGAGACUGUUCACUGCAGUGCUUGCAGUGUGUAUGUUCCUGCGUUACACAGUUCUGUUCAGCAGCACUUAAAAUCUCCUGAUCACACAAAAGGAAAACAAGCCUACAGAGAACAAAUAAAAAGGGAGAGUGUUCUUACUGCCACCAGUAUCUUGAAUAAUCCUAUAGUCAAGGCACGAUACGAGCUGUAUGUAAAGGUAGCUCACAGAUCAAAUAUACUUUUAACUUAUUUUGCCAGUCUCAGAUUGUUGUCUCAGGUAACUUUGUUUGCAGCCAGAACUGGGAUUUAUCGGCUUUUGGUUUAACAUUUAUAUUUUUAUCUAGUCAAUUUUUAAUUAGAUGUUCUUAGUAAGAAAAUCAAGCUUAAAGAAAGCAUCAGCAGUAUCUUUAACUCUGUAUGUAAUACUAACUAUAGAGCACAAAGCACUUUACAGGUGAGUCAGUCUUUAUAUUUAGAAGCACAGGCUUCAGCAUGUGUCUUUGUACUAAAGUACAGUGCACAUACUACUCAGCUACUUUGUAUUCUGUAGAAUUUCUAGGAUUCAUGGCAGCAUACAAAAGAUGAAAGCUUAUAGCAGUAGUUGUGAUCAGAGAAUUUAAAAGGCACAGCAGGCAAUGGUACAGAUACAUGGCCUGAGAAAUAUAAGUGAAUUAAUUUUGACAAAGUGUGGGGUUUCUUUCUGUUAGGCCAGCAGAGUGACCUUUUCUGUAGUACCGUUGUUAGCUAUUUCUGGUAGUUACUAUUAACUGCUUUAUAAUUUUUCUGUGCCCAAACAGACUCUUUCAGACAAAGCACUAAAGCAGAAAUAUGACAAGGUGUGAGCCAGUGCAGAAGUCUGUUGUGGUUUAAAAUAUCAAGUUAGUCAUGUCCUGCAGAACUGUGUAUGGUCUGAAACUGAUUGACACCCAACAACUAUUCUGUAUCUGUUCAGAAAAGGUAGCAAAUGACCAGAUAGCACAGCCUGGAAUGUGUGUGCUAUUUCCAGCCAUCACUUCUGGUAUUCCUUUUGGCCUGGUAUGUGUGUGCUUUGUCCCGUACAGCCCCCUAGUGGGGGACUGGUUAAAGGGGAAUGGAACUUGGCCAUUCAUGAGUUGGAAAACUGAGGAAGAUAAAAUUUGCAAGAUUGCCUUCACAAGGAGACCACUGCCAGAACUGGUAUUUCCUGGAGAAAAUGAUUCCUGAAUUUAGUACACUUUCAGCAGCACCUGCUCAGCGAGAUGUAUCUGGCUUCUUGUUAUGCAAAUCCCUGUCGUCCUCACCCAAAUGUGUAAUCAAUUGCAGGCUGAAGGAGUCCAGUUUUAUAAUACAGCAUAUGAUGAAAAGGAGCAUGUGGUGCAUUCAUUUGGUGCCUGCAGUCUUCGAGGAGAGUAGGAAGUCCUUGUUACAGCCAAAAAUAGCUUGUUUUGAGGUGAAGGGCAGACUGGCUUGGGGAAGCACGGCUCCCCACCUCCCAGCCAAACCCAAACAAAGCAACCACCCCCAAAACAAACCAACCAACCCAAACCCAACAUUGUUGUGGAAAGUGUUGUCUAUCCUGCAUGUAUAGCAUGGAAGGAGGAAAUUCAGAGCAGGGAAGAUCUGUGAGGCUGUUGCAUUGAGUUGUACCAAAUUGCAAGAACAGGUCAUCAACAUCACAAAUGCCUUUGAGAAAAGGAGAACAAAAUUGCAGGUCAGUAACUCCUGAUUUUUAUGCAUCUGUAUUAAUAUAGUUUCACAUGAGCAAAUAAGAUUAAAGAUUUUUCUAUUACACUGCUGAAUUUCUCUGUGCAUUUUGGGAAGUUUGUUAUUUUAAUGUGUGGCCUAGAAGAGGUGCAUAUCCCAGAUGAAUUAGGGAAAGCUCUGUUUCUGUUGAGGCCAGUACUGUCUUCUGGAACCACACUCUGCUGAGAGUUAGUAGUCCUCCAUCUCUACCACAAUUGGUAUUUUGGACCCACCUUCCCCCAUUUUGGUUUUGUGUGAAAAAUUCAGCUUAAGUUGUUUCAGUUGCCCCACGAAGCUGCCAGGUUACUGCUUGGAGAAUGACUAUUGAAUGUA